AUGCCGGGAGCAGAACUGUGCCUGAACGUGCCCAACCGACACGACCAAUACCCGCGCGAUUUGGCCGAUUCUCGCCAGUACGACCAGCUCUAUCAGAUUUUGGAGGACGAGGACGCCAUUGAGAAAUACAAGACAGAGCCACUUGCCACACACGAGCUGCACGAAGGAGCAUGUUUGAGAUAUACAGAGCACGGCACGGUGAAUAUAGAUAUUGAUGUUUCCGAUCCAGCGACGAAGAAGGGGCUAGGAUCUAAUGUAAAGUCAUUCAAGAACGCGUUACUAUCGACGGAAGAUCAAUUUGGCUACGAAGGAAGCUUCUGUGGCCACAACGAGCGCUUGGUGGAUGAUAGCGACUCAUUUAACGGGCAUCCAAGUUCCGGAGACAUGCGUUUUCUCAACGUUGAAAAUUUUCCCGACCGUCGGACGAGUCAAAUAACGCUGCAUCUAUCAGACUCGCGUCCCAACUCGGCGGAUGAUCUUAUCUCUGCGACAGCAGCGGUGGCUGAAGUGGCCACCGUAAAAAUGCGACAUCGACACUCUUCAGAUGAUUUUGAUGUUAUGCCAGACGUCAAAAGGCGUUCCAUAAUUGCACAGCAUCUUUCCGACACCCUAAACAGUGGAGAACGGCGCCACUCAUGGCACGAGUCAGAACAAAAUCUUCUUGAUCUGGUCGAAUCUAAAACCGGCGAAAAGCUCCUGCGCUCACGAUCAUAUGAGCACAUCGAUGAGCCAGAACUCUCCGGUGAUGAGAUGAACGAUUCCGCUCAUCGUCCCAUUGAAGCAACUCCAGAAGAAAUUAUUCAAAUCGAAACCGUCUUGGCGCAGAAUCGUCGAAAGCUGAGUAGCCAGGAUGAUCGCCGAAGGGCGAUUGUGAUCAAGGAUCAUCACCAAAAAGGAACACAUCCUCAUCAUUCCCAUCAUCAAAUCAAUCAUGAACCAGAAUUCGUCAAGGAAAAGAGAUUAAUGGACGAAAGAAAGCAUGAACUGCCACAGAAAUUGGUCUCUACAAAGGGGACGAAAAAGAGCUUUUCGAAAGAAAGUUUCUUGAGUUUGUUUCCGGGAAGGACAGAAAAACGUGGUCGCAAGGGAUCUAGCCCGAGAAAGAUGCCUUCAAUACAGUCAGAUACAGACACCGACUCUGAGAAUAAGAAGUACUCCUCUCUUGAGCGCCACGAGUCAAACUCGUCAGCCGAUGAUCGAGGACUAAUCCGAGGGGACUCGUUAAAAGACGCGCAAAAUAUUGAAAGCGAUUGCGAAUCAUCCGGCAACUCAGACUUCGAACAAGACAUGGAAUUGAUCGCACGAGAAGAGCCAGAAAAUUGGGGCAAGUUCGUCAUUGAACAGGGCCAUUCACCGGAGCUGGGAGAUGCGUCGAACCCGGAGAAAGAGCGAAAAAGACAGGAGAAUAUUUAUGAGUUCAUCAAGACCGAGAAAAAAUACUCCCAAGCGUUGAUCGUGAUGCGAAAAAUGUACACAAGAGGGAUGCGAAAAGAGUUGGGUUACUCCCCGGAUAAGUGCAACCAGUUCUUCCCACAGCUCAAAGAACUAUCCGCUAUUUCUCAUGAAUUCAUCAGAAUCAUGUCUAAACGUCAGUCUGAAUCACCAAAGGUUGCUAACAUAGGUGACGUCCUUUACGACUUCUGGAACUCAGACUGGGGAGAAAGAAAAGCAAAAGCUUACGGCGAACUCUGCAAGCAUCAAAAAGAAAGUCUCAAAUUUUACCACACUGAAUUGAAAAACAAUAAGAAAUUUGCUGCCGUCAUACAGAAAUAUAAGAACCAUCCUCUUGCCAAACGCUACGAAGUCCCAGAUAUCACACAGCUAGCCACCCAAAGAGUCACGAAAUACCCAAUUAUGAUCAAAGAAAUGCUCAAAAACACCGUCGAUAAAAAAGAACAUCAUAACCUCACAAAAGCACUUGACCUUAUUCAAAAAAUCAUCUUCUCUGUCGACGGCGACGUUCAAAAAUACGAGAGAAAAAUGGAACUAAACGAAAUUGUCUCGAAUAUUGAUCCAAGCUCAUUUACCUAUCACGGCGAGAAGAAAUUCAAGAGGAAAAAUCUAACCCAAUAUGAUCGAGAGCUCGUGGAAGCGUUUGAAGUUCAAAUCAAAAUUAGAGAUAAGCUUACCGAUGGGAGCUUGUUAAUAAUGGAAGAUAUCAUAACGUUUCUCACUGGAAAGGGAAAUUACACCACUUUCGUAAAUGGAGUGCCUGUAUUAACCCUCCGUUCUGUCGAUACCAAGGAAGUUCGCUCGAGAGACCCGUCCAGCUUCUGUCUAUACGAGCAAUCAGAUAGUCAAGACCAAAAGAGGUUCUCCCCAGAAUGGGAAAUUCGCGCUUCGUCUCCUGAAAAAGCUACUCGAAUUCAGGAGAGUAUAGAAAGGGCACAAAGAUUGCAUCCAAAGUACACACCAGAACAGAGAGCAAAAAAAGAGACCGCCUAUCGCCAAAUGUCUCAGAAAGCUGCGAAUAUCAUCAGCAGAAUCGAUCAUAAUGACGCCCUUCUUCGCGACAAACUCGAAACGCGCCGGAAAUUACAAAGAGAACUUUGUGAAAUCGAGUGUCCUUCAGAGGCUUAUCUCUUUGACAACUCCGAUGAGAACAGAAAAGUAGUCGAUCUUGGUAAACUUAUCGAAGAUCAAAAUAAACUCGUCCAUGAUUUCAUCAAAAAUCAUCCUCGAGAUGAUGAAACUUUGGCUAAAUUCAAAGCUCACUUCAAGUCGAACUACGCUAGUCUUAUGGACUGUUAUGUUGACUCAAAACAGAGAGAAGAGCUAAAAGAACAGGAGCUUGAGAGAUUCAAGCAUUUAGCUAGCUUCCGUAGGAGCGAGGGAGUCGACGAAUCCGAAGAUAAAAAGUCGAUGGCGAAAAAAGCCCAGGCCCUGAGAGAGCUCGAAAGAGAAAAACAAAAAUACGAAGAGCUUCAGAAAAAACUCGAGAAAGAAAAACUCGAUAUCAAUCACGAGCAUUCUCGUAUACGAAAACAGCGGGAACAGCUUGACGAAGAACGAAAGGAUCUGAACAACGAAAAAGAAGCUUAUCAGCGGCAACUGGAAGUUCUCCGACAUGCUCAAAAAUCGUCCCAGACGUCUGUUAGUAGCGUUGACGCACCUAGAUUGAAGAGCAGGGUUUCCUCCGAAGGUUUUCCAGAUAAACGGAGGACAAACAACGAAAGAACCCAAUCUCGCGAGCGUCGUUCUAUGGACCCCGUCCCGAAGAGACAACCAAAAGCCGAUAAUAUUCCGCCACAGGGUCAACCAUUCAAACCACCUCUCGAGAAAAAGGGAUCGUUUAUAAAGAUCUCGUAG